CCCCGCCCGCCUCUCCGCGCAGCCAGAGAAGAAACAAAGUGCUGCGGGCGGGAGACUCAGCGGCGGCUGCGCGGACCUGCUCRGUCUCCCGGUCAGCCUCCCCUCCCUCCUUCCCGCGUGUGCGUGUGUGCGUGUUUUCUUACAAAGGACAUUUUACGAUCGAUUGAUUCGUAGCGCUUCCCCUUUGCCCUUUGUGCUGUAACCCGCUGCCGCCAUCCCAGGUGCUUCUCCCUCCCCACGCCGAUUCGCCAAUUUGGGCUUUCGGUCCCGGCUUAGCCCCUGCAGCCUCUUCUUGUGCCGGUGCUGCCUGCUGCCUCAUCGCUGUWCUCUCCGCUCGCCAUGGCGACCGCGACCCCCGUGCCGCCGCGGAGUGGCAGCCGCGCCGGCGCCCCCAGCACGCCGCUGAGUCCCACGCGGCUGUCGCGGCUGCAGGAGAAGGAGGAGCUCCGCGAGCUCAAUGACCGACUGGCCGUGUACAUCGACAAGGUGCGCAGUCUGGAAACAGAAAACAGCGCGCUGCAGCUGCAGGUGACGGAGCGCGAGGAGGUGCGCGGCCGCGAGCUCACCGGACUCAAGGCGCUAUACGAAACCGAGCUGGCUGACGCGCGACGCGCGCUAGACGACACGGCCCGAGAGCGCGCCAAGCUGCAGAUUGAGCUGGGCAAGUUCAAGGCCGAGCACGACCAGCUGCUGCUCAAUUAUGCUAAGAAAGAAUCUGAUCUGAAUGGUGCCCAGAUCAAGCUUCGAGAAUAUGAAGCAGCACUGAAUUCUAAAGAUGCAGCUCUGGCUACUGCCCUUGGCGACAAAAAAAGUUUAGAGGCAGAUUUAGAGGAUCUGAAGGAUCAGAUUGCCCAGUUGGAAGCCUCUUUAUCUGCUGCCAAAAAACAGUUAGCAGAUGAAACUUUACUUAAAGUGGAUUUGGAGAAUCGAUGUCAGAGCCUUACUGAGGACCUGGAGUUUCGUAAAAACAUGUACGAAGAGGAAAUUAAUGAGACAAGAAGAAAGCACGAAACACGCUUGGUAGAGGUGGAUUCUGGACGUCAGAUCGAGUAUGAAUACAAGCUGGCUCAAGCCCUUCAUGAGAUGAGAGAGCAACAUGAUGCCCAAGUGAGGCUAUACAAGGAAGAGCUUGAGCAGACCUACCAUGCCAAACUUGAGAAUGCCAGACUGUCCUCAGAGAUGAAUACUUCUACUGUCAACAGUGCCAGGGAAGAACUGAUGGAAAGUCGAAUGAGAAUUGAAAGCCUUUCAUCUCAACUUUCUAAUCUACAGAAAGAGUCUAGAGCAUGUUUGGAAAGGAUUCAAGAGUUGGAGGACUUGCUUGCUAAAGAAAGAGACAACUCUCGUCGCAUGCUGACUGACAAAGAGAGAGAGAUGGCGGAAAUAAGGGAUCAGAUGCAGCAACAGCUGAAUGAUUAUGAGCAACUUCUUGAUGUUAAGCUAGCCCUGGACAUGGAAAUCAGUGCUUACAGGAAACUCCUAGAAGGUGAAGAAGAGCGAUUGAAGCUCUCGCCAAGCCCUUCUUCCCGUGUGACAGUGUCCCGCGCAUCCUCAAGUCGCAGUGUGCGCACAACUAGAGGAAAGCGGAAGAGAGUUGAUGUGGAAGAAUCCGAGGCCAGCAGUAGUGUCAGCAUCUCUCAUUCCGCUUCAGCCACCGGGAACGUGUGCAUCGAAGAGAUAGAUGUUGAUGGGAAAUUUAUUCGAUUGAAGAAUACUUCUGAACAGGAUCAACCAAUGGGAGGCUGGGAGAUGAUCAGGAAAAUUGGAGACACUUCGGUCAGUUAUAAAUAUACCUCAAGAUAUGUGCUGAAGGCAGGCCAGACUGUUACAAUUUGGGCUGCAAAUGCCGGUGUCACAGCCAGUCCUCCCACUGACCUCAUCUGGAAGAACCAGAAUUCUUGGGGCACUGGUGAAGAUGUGAAGGUUAUAUUGAAAAAUUCUCAGGGAGAGGAGGUUGCACAAAGAAGUACAGUCUUUAAAACAACCAUACCGGAGGAGGAAGAACCAACCAGAGUGGAUGUUGAGGAAGAAAUUUUCCACCAGCAGGGAUCCCCAAGAUCAUCCAAUAAAAGCUGUGCAAUUAUGUAAACUUCUCAAGUCAACUGUCUUCCUCAAGAUAAAGAAGUAUGGUAAUC